AUGACAGUCGAAGCAAAAACGUUCACGAACAAAUCUAAUGGCGAAACAUUCACAAAAGGCACUUACAACGGUAUUGAAGUCUUACGUAGAGACAAGGAUGGUUAUAUAAAUGCAACAAAGAUGUGUCAGCAGUUUAGGAAAGACUUUAGAAGGUUGUUGGAAAAUAAGUCCUGGGAAGAGUAUUUUGAGGCAUUUUGUGAAGAAUAUACCAACCCGCGGAAAACAGCGGGUUGCUUUUUAUACAAAAUUCAUGCAGGAAUUCCUGAUGAAAUCAAACAGGUUAGAGGAAUGUAUGUAGACCCAAGACUUGUAAACUAUAUAGCAAUGUGGGCUUCUCCAAAAUAUUGCAUAGCAGUUGGAAAAAUUAUGGACUCCAUAGACAAGAAAGUUCAUGAGAAAUUAGAUGAAGAAGAACUUGAAGAUACAGUAGAGAAUGCAAAACCUUUGUUCGAAGAAGAA